AUGAACCAUGACCUGACUCAUCCAGUUUGUGACGAGGAAAUCAAAUUGGCAGCCUUUCAAUUGGGAGCUUUCAAAGCCCUAGGGCCUGACGGUUUCCCUGGUUUCUUCUACCAGCAUUAUUGGGAUGAAGUAGGGGGAGUGUUUAUGAAAUGGUGCGGUGUUUCUUCAAUGAUCAUCACAAAACUCCUUGCCAAUCGGCUCAAAGGAAUUUUGAACCUUUUGAUUUCUCUAAAUCAGUCUGCUUUGGUAUCUGGGAGGCUGAUCCAUGAUAAUGUCCUCGUGGCCCACGAAGCUUUCCAUUCGCUAAAACUCCGUAAGUCCGGAUCUAUUGGUCAAAUGGCUAUCAAGCUCGAUUUUGAUAAUGCUUAUGACCAAAUUGAAUGGGAUUUCCUGACCAUGGUUCUACGCAAAAUGGGUUUUGACUCUAAAUGGGUCCAGUGGGUCAUGGAGUGUGUCUCCCUGGUUCGCUUCUCUAUCUUUGCAAAUGGUGAGAAAAUGGCCUCUUUUGUCCCUUCUCGGGGCCUCUGCCAAGGCGAUCCUCUCUUCCCCUACCUUUUUAUCAUAAUGGCUAAUGUUUUGUCCAAGCUUAUCACUCAGAGCCUGCGAAAUAGAGAGAUUUCUAGUUUUAAGAUCACAAGGCUUUGCCUUACUCUAUCGCACUUGUUCUUUGCUGAUGAUAUGUUAUUAUUCUUGAAAGCUGAGGACACGGAAUGUCAAAAUUUUUUGGAUCUAUUGGCGGUGUAUUGCAGGGCUUCGGGUCAGGUAGUCAAUUUUAGUAAAUUAAGUGUGCAGUUUUCACCAAAUAUUGCCAUAGCUGUCUGUGAUUCUAUUUGUGCUCUCUUUGGCUUAAAACUCUCUUCUCCUACCACGAAUUUUAUACGAAACUCAAUUCCUAUAUUAGCAAUUUCUAGUGGGGAGGGGACCCAGAUAAUAAGGGCAUUCACUAGAUCUCUUGGGGGAUGGCGCCUAGUGAAACACCCUCACUCGUUUUGUGCUUGCAUCUUGAAAGGCAUAUAUUUUCCCAACAUCGACUUUAUGUACUCCACUAAAGGUCGGAGGGCUUCUUGGGGCUGGGCCAGUAUUCUUCAAGCGCACCAACUCUUACAACAAGGAUUGAGGUGGCAAAUUCAUAGCGGCUCCAGUGCUCUGUUUUGGGAGGAUUGUUGGGUUCCUGGUCUUCCAAAUUUCAAAAUCUCCUUCUUAAAACCUGAUGGAACUGAAGUACUUAAAGUAGAGGAUGUUAUUGAUCCAAUCCGGAAAAGCUGGAAUUUGCCUCUCUUGGCCACUCUAGUGUCGAAGGCUGAAGCUCAAGCAAUUAGCUCUAUCCCUAUUUUGCUCGCUCUUACUGUUGACUCUCUUAUUUGGCAGUUUGAAUCAAAAGGCCAUUACUCUAUGAAAUCCGGGUAUCAUGUUGCCAUGACUAGAAAGUCUGGGUCUGCCAGUCAAACUCCUUCAUCUUCAUUUCAAGUCCCGAGCUCAUUUUGGAAGCAAAUUUGGAGAUUACAGGUCCCUCCAAAAAUUCGCCACUUUUGGUGGAGAAUAUGCCGCAAUGUGCUUGCAUCGAGAGAGAAUAUGUUUCGGAGAAAGUAUGCCUCUUCUCCAACUUGCCUACUCUGUCAUGAGGCCCCAAAAACAGUGGAACAUCUUCUCUUCGGAUGUGAAUGGGUUCGUCCAGUUUGGUUUGGCAGUAGUUUGAACUAUCGAGUUGAUUGGGGUGCGAUUCACUAA